ACAGAGGCCUCUUUCCGGAUCGUCACCUGCCCAUCAAGUGGCCUCUUCUAGCCACACAGAGGACAGACCCGAAGGCGGAUCUGCCAGGCCGAGGUCCAGAAUGAGUACAGGGUGCAAAGGCCUCGGGGACAGCUCCCCUGGCGAAGCAGAGGGAGCUGCUGCAGAGGCAAAGGCUCCUUCCCAACUGCUUCAGAUGGGAGAGAAGCAGAUCCAGACAGUGGUCCAGCAGUUGAUGGCCCUAAAUAUUCACAAGAGUGGCCCCCAGGGGGCCAAACCUGAGGAUGAGCAGGAACCUGCAGCUCAGGGAGCCUGUGGGAGCUCUCUCCCUGCCCCAGGCCCCGUGCAGGCCACAGGCAGUAGCCGGGGGAGGAGAGAAAGGAGGAAGUAUGACUGGAAAGGCAGGCUACUCAGUAAUGGCGUCGACCUGUGCGACUGCCUCAAUGUAGAUUGCCCUGGCUGCUUCUACCCUUGCCCCCGGUGCACCUCCAAGAAAUGUGGGGUUAAGUGUCGCUGCAACCGUCGCUGGGUCUAUAAAAAGAUCGAGAAUGAAUCUGGCGAGCUGGUCAACACCUUCCCCUUCACCUAUCCUGACUAGGGGCUACCCAGCGCCCCGUGCCACCUUGCCUUCCUGUCCUCCAGAGGCUCCAGGUGGCUGUUUUCUUAGGGAGUUGGAGGGCAACUCUGAGCCUAGAGCUGCCCUGACCCUAGUGAGCAGAGACCCUUCCUCUGCUGGGCAUCAACUUCUGCCCCUGCCCAGGGCAGCCUGCUCAGAGGGAGACUGAGGCAUUGCUGCUGCCCUGUCCCCCUUCCCACAGCCAAUUCAGUUUCUGCAGCCCAGGCUGCCCCUUCUUGCUGUACCUCGCUCCUGAAGGGAAGCCGGCAACCUCCCCCCCCCAUCCCAAGUUCAGUGUUUGUUUUCUGUGAACUUGGAGCACUUUGGCUCUUUCUGCCUCUUUUCUCCCAUGUGCCUAGUCUUUCAUGCAGAGUUCUAGGGGCCAGUUGUUCAGCUGUUGAGAUAUUUCAGGAACAAAAGGGAUGAGGGCUGUUGAAGUGAUAAAUAGCACUGCAAAAGCAAAAUAAAAGUCACUGGCAAAUGCACAA